AGAGGAGCAGGAGUCGCGGCGUUGACGCAACCCUCCUACGUCAUCACUCCGCGUCAGGAACACACCAUUAGCUCAACACAUCCGACACGACCGAGACGUUGAACUGAUCACCUUCAUGCUGUGAGGUGAAAGCUAUGUUGACAAAAGCAGAGGAAAAGCCACAGAGAGGAGAAGGAAAGAAGAGGAAACACCCUGGUGAUGAUGGGACAAGAGAAGAGAGAAAGAAGAAGGGAGGCGAAGAAGGAGAGAAGGGUCAGGGAGACGGUGGCAGGAAGCGCCUGGACGCCCUGAGUGUGGGAUAUUUCCGCCGAGUUGGAGAGAGACUCAGUGAAGGUUUUGAAGAUAAUGAGGAGAGAGAGAUGUUUGUGGAGAAUGUGCUCUCUGAAGUAAAAGGUAAAGCGAUGUUGGUGGCGAUGGACUGCACAGGAAGCAUCACCCUGCAGCGGCUGCUCCCUCUGUCCAGACCUGAGCAGGUGGGAGAGGUGAUGGCUGAACUGGGUGGAGAAUCCGGCACAGAGUUUAAGGUGGUUUCCUGUGAUCGCUGCGGGGGCCAUGUCGUGGAAAGUGCAGUCAGACAGAUGUCCAGGUUGAUGGAUUCAUCACAGAAGGAGUCGUCUGAUACCACAGAAGAAGAGGAGAGUUGUGAAGUGCUGGAGAUGCAGGUGUUGUCUCUCAGCCAGGUGGUCAGAGACAACUGUGAAGAGUUCAUCAAACAUGUUCAUGGCUCACACGUGGUCCGCACACUUAUACACGUGUUGGCAGGCUGCCUCGGACCCCCCCGCACUGAAUCUCGUCCAGGUGCAAAAGGCCGCGGAGUCACUCCUUUGCUGACAGACUUUGAGAUUCCCACGUCAUUUUGGUACGAGCUGAAAAGCCUCACGGAGACCUUGAUGGAAAACAUUAAUCUGAGUGUGACAGAUGCUGUUGCCAGCGCAGUGUUCCAGACCAUGUUGACUGUCUGUCACAGGAAAAGGCCCAAACUCUGCAAGCAGCUCCUCAAACAGAUCAUGGAGUACCUGACGAGUCGCAGUGCUGCUCCUGGAGUGAGUCCACUUCUGGUGUUCCUGAAGGAUCAGGCCUCAAGUCACCUCAUUGAGACGAUCAUACAGCUAUCCCACAAGCCCCUUCUGCGUGACCUCUACAAGAACCAUCUCAAGGGUCACAUGGUCGACCUAGCCCUCCAUCCCAUCGCCAACUUUCCCGUACAGAGACUGACUGCAGCGUCCGCCAAAUACAAAAUGUUCCUGAAGUUGUUCGAUGAGCUGGUGCAAGGUGUGGAGGCCGUCUUGGCCGCAGGUCACAUGGGGGUGAUCGUCCAGCUGGCGGAGAGCUGUGCAGAGAGUGAAGAGAAACAGGACGAGCUGAUGCAGAGUCUCCUGCGUGCGUUCCACUGCGCUGAGCCUGGCUCUCGACAGGUCAGCUGCCUCCCUCUCUUCAUGUCCCUGCUCACCUACGACGUGUACUACCACUCGGACACAGCAGAGGGCGGCACGUCAACAGAGGUCCCGCUGUCGUCCAUCUGUUAUCAUGGCUCGCGGCUGGUUCAGGCGCUGUCCAGGUUCAAAGAGCGCUCGGUCCUCCUCAGCAGUCUGCGCACCCUGAGCCCUGCUGACCUCCUGACGCUGGCCUCUGACCCUGCGGGCAGCCACGUCCUCCAGGCCCUCAUCACCACAUCCAGUGAUAAAGGGAGGGGCAAGAUCCUUAAGAGACUGGAGGGUCUGCAUGUUCAGAUGGCGUGCUCCAGGUUGGGCAGUCGGGUGCUGGAAGCCAUAUGGAACAGUGCUUCAGUGAGUCAGAGGCAAAGCAUCGCACAGGAACUAGUUCCAAGUGAAAACCAGCUGAGGUCUAAUCAGUUCGCUCGUCACGUGUGGGCCAAAUUCGCUCUCUCCCACUUUGUGCACAGACGAGCGCACUGGCAGGAAAUACAGACGGGCCAGUCCAAGAAGAGGAAGCUUUUCAGUGACAUUCUGGAAUAGAUAUUUGUACCAUCUUUUAAUGUUUGCUACAUAUGUAGAUAAAAAUAAAAUAGCAAAUUGUC